AGCGAAUGCAGCUUAACGCGCAUGUUUUAAAGCAGGCACUAUUUAAGCAAACCUUGUCUGUAUUUCAUCGGCUUUUCGUAAACAAAAUACAAGAAAACACUUAAAGUAUUUUGGAUUUUAACGGUUAAUAGUAAGACAACUUAAUUCACUUUUUGGACAAUAAUUUGAAGAAAUCAUGGAAUCCGCAAACAAAAUGAUGUCAGUAAUUGCUUUUGUACUAACAAUCGUCCAAGUAAUGGGUGCGCCCAUCGACACGAAGGCCGUUGUGGCGUUUUCCUCGGGCCUUACCAGCACGCAGUACAUAAUGAACGGCGAAACGGUGGUUUACGACCGUGUCUUCCUUAACGACCACGACGGAUACGACAAAUACACAGGCAUUUUUACGUGUCCCGUAGCGGGGACGUACAUUUUCCAUGUUCAUGCUUACUCUACCAACAAGGAUACCGUAAUGUGGCUGAACCUCCUUCACAAUGACCAGUCCCUUGUCAGUGUCAGCGGCUAUAAUUCGCACACUGUUGGCAGUAACACUGUCAUGUUGAAGCUCCGCAAAAUGGACAGAGUCCAGAUUAAAGCCCAGGAUCAGAUGCAAUUCGCCCUAUUCGGACUGGAUACGCAAGUGUACUCGACGUUUGCUGGAUUUAUGCUGUAUCCUGACGUCAGUGGGCCCGCCAUGGAUUCUGGUGCGCAGAUUGUUGGAUAAACAUGGUCGUUGUUUCCCAAAGGAUAGGAAAUAACAGCGUCUUAACCUACGAUAGUUUUUUUUACAUGUAUCUUAGUUUGUAAGUUUAUACUCCCUUUUUAAUGUAACAUUUAUUGAAUUACAAGUAAAAUAUGUAAGAAUUAUAAAUUGGUAAGAUUUAAAAUUUAUUUGAUUUCCAUAUGCAGAAUGUUUAAAGUGCAGAACUGUUAAAAUAAACAGUAAUUUAGCACGGAAUACAAUGGACUAAAUGUAACAUUCGAAUGUGCUUGUGUUAUACAUUUUCACAACAAACUAUGCGUAGGGUAAAUGAACAAUUUAAAACUCAACAUAUAUACAUAUAUUUUCUGAUCAGAUUUUCUGAAUUGACUUUAGUAUUGAGCGCAAUAUUUACACCUAUUGAAAUAUGUACACCUUCUUUAAAACAUUCGUGUAGUAUACGUUUAACUAUGUUGUGAAAAAUCUUCGAGGGAAAUAAAGGUGUUUUUUAUUAAA